AUGGAUGGUCGGAGGCCUGGUUCUCACUCCGAUUUUCCACCGCCAAUCGCCGAUCUCCGAUUGAAGAUUCUGCAGAUUGUCUCUGGCCAUGAACAGCUAAAAAUGGCAUUUAAUCAGCUCAAUUCUCAGAUCAAAGACAGUUUACGCGAAACGGAAGAUGUAUUUACCUCCCUGGCUCUGCCGCUGAUGAAGUUGGUGGGAUUGAAGACCGUUGAAAUGGCUGAGGAGGGAAGAUUCAGUACUAUCAUCACCGAUACUAACCGUUCACAUUCUCAAGGUUGCUGGAGUGGAAGUGGAAUUGAAGAACUUAUCAGAUCAGUUUCAGCAAUCAAGAAAUGGGAUAACUGUGCUAAUAAUAUGGAGAGCUUUCACAAGCCUAGAUUAGGAUUAUCCAAUACAACAUAUAAUGGUAUGGAACAAAGUGGCAAAAAAACUCAAGAAGAAAGCUAUACAGAUAGAGCUACCACAGCAGGCAAAGAGCUGAGGGAGAAACAAAAGUUGCAGCUUAUGCAACUGAUCCAUCUUCUUAAACAAAUUGAAAUCCAGGUUAACUCGAGCAAAAAUGACAUACUCGAGACUCUUUAUGUCCAUCAAGUGUCCUUAAAAAGAUUCUUUCAUAAAGCUUUUACGCAUGUUUCUGCUAUUCAUCAAUCAAGCCGAGACAAUGGCAUGUCUCUAAUGAUGCUAACACUCCUCAAAGCUUCAUUUGACCAUGUUGGAGCAGCCGUUAGCUCAGUGGAGGUUGGAGUGGAUAACCUGAUACGUGAUCUUGCUGAAAAAAUGUGUAAUCCCAUGGUUGAGUAUGUCCAUGCUCUAAAGGGUGAGUUUACAACAGGAACAUGCACUCGCCUAUUGACUGUAGUUGAAGAGAUGGAUGGGGCAAUGAGAGUCAGAAGGCUAGAGUUGCAGGAAGCAAGGAACAGAGCAGUAUUGGCAGAAAAAAGUAGGCUUGAGUUAUUGAGAAAGUUGAAGGAAUCUGAAGAGAUGGUGAAGAAACUUAAAACACACGACAUAUUCCUUUUAGAAGCGAACAGAAAACCAAAGGAAAACUUGAUACAGCAAAAGUGUCCAAAGCCUCUAACUGUGGUGGAAGAUCAAGCUAAAGACGACAAGUUGAUAUGGGAACUACUCAGAAACAAAAGGAAGCAUCAGAUGCCAGACAGUCCAUCUGGACCGAAACAGCUUCUAGGCAUUGGAGCCAACGACAAAAACCUUAAAUCAACAAGCACGAUUUCCUCAAUCAGUUGCAUGGUUACAAGGCGCCAAACAAAAGGGCGCUCCAGGCUACUCUUGGGUUCUUCUCCUUCAGCACACACUCAAAAAGUCUUGUCCCGCAAGCGUGUGACUCCUUGA